AUGGGGCUCCACACGACUGACGACAAGGAGUAUACCGAGCUCAUGGCCCAUCAUGGCAAGGGCAACUUCAUCUAUUCUCCUGAAACAUACAAGAAUUUGCAUCCAGGCUCUGUCGGGUACUGGAACAAGCUGGGACAAUGGGUUGAGAUCACAGAUAUUUCCGUGCCAGGCAGACCAGAGGCCGAUGGAUUCGGACCUGCUCCUAUCCCACCGAUGGAUGAGCCUUCAGAGAAUUUCUGGAGGACCAUGUCUUCUGAAAGUGGAAGUGAGAGUGGUGGGCGUCUCAAGACUGAAGUGUCCGGAUUAGCGGCGGGAGGGCCAAUCGACGCUGGGGUUAAAGCAGAGAAUAAGAACACCUCAAACAAGAAGGCAGCUCUCAUCACCGACGAGGUCGUGAAAUGUGAGAGAUUUGUCACUAGAAACAGUGUGCUUAUUGCGGCCUGGGUUAAGGAGAAUGCAAAGAAACUCGUCAACUCGCCUUUCGGUGAUGAUAUUAGCCGCUAUGGUCUCUACGCGGUUCACACCACAUAUGUCACCUCGCAAUGUGCAAUCACCAUGACCACCGACAAGAGUCGCAACCUUGACCUUGGACUAGAUGUUGGAGCGACUGGAAUUGCGAAGCUUGGAGCUGGUGGAUCAUCCCUCCAAAAGCUCAAGGGCGAAGGAUGGGCGACAUAUGAAUCCAACGGGAAGGACGGUGGUCUGGUGGUCUCGUACGCCGGAGCUCAAUUUAGGCUCGCGCGUCUCGCUCGCUUUAGGAAGCAUGCUCUGUCGGAAGUCAAGGCCGGUGAGACCACCGAACUUCGUGCUAUUUGCGAUGAGAACGGAAACAUCACAGGAUACGAGGAAGUAAAGGUGGAGGCGCCAAAGGGAGAGGAGCCAGAUGGGGAAGAAGAUGAUGAAAUCGUUUUUGAAAGUGAACCGGUUGGAAUGACUGAAGACGAUAUCAAGGAAGAGGAAAAGGCUGCGAAGGAGGCAGAAAAAGAGAAGCAAGCUGAGUUCGCCAAGAAGGCUGCGGAGCUCAAUAACAUCCCAGAAGGAGCGGAGAGAGAUGCGGCACGACAGAAGCUGUUACAAGAGAUGAUGGUUGUGCAGGAGCCCGUGAUCCAGCAGCGCUAG